GUUCACGCAGUAUUCCGGCGCAAACCAGCCCGAAACAUCCAGCGCAUCUAAAUCAUCACUUUUGGUGGCUAGUUCAAAGACAAGUUUGAUUUCUCUUCAAUGUGCAUAAAGGACGACUUGUGUUGCCAAAGGUGAUUCCAUUACCGGAGAGUGCUGAUCGGUGCUGAUGUAAUCAUGGAACUCUUGGACAGCAAUCCCGCCAGCAACGUGAGUUUAAAUAUAACAGAGACAACCGACCAGCCGGAAUUCUUUUCCAACUGGAACGUCCAGUUUGACGGGCACCGGGCCAAUGCCAGCGGCGCCGCAAAUGUCAGCGAGGAGGAAACUACGGACGAUGACUUUUAUCGGCAUUCGUCCAUCGUCACAACCGUGUACUGUCUUGCUUACUCGUUCGUAUUCCUGCUGGGUCUCGUUGGAAACUGUCUGCGGUGGUGGCCGUCGUCUUCAGAGCCCUCGGAUGCGGACCGUGACAAACUACUUUAUCGUGAAUUUGGCUAUUGCCGACAUACUGGUCGUUUUGUUUUGUCUACCGGCUACACUACUCUCCAACAUCUUUGUUCGUAAGUCUAGUUUUUUUUUGUCUGGGUUCUGGGCUUGCUUUUAAGAUCUCAUUAUCGAUUAUUGCUGUUUGAUAUGCAUCAUCUUCGAAAAGACGAAGGAAAUUUUGCUAAUCAAAGGGCUUUGCUAAUGAAAAGAGGCUUUUGAAAUCGACUGGGUCUUUUCUAGACUGUACCCGAUUGCAGA